AUGGAAAGUUAUCGUGCCAUCCAGACAUACGCGAUGGUCCAGUGGGUUAACCACGAACAAUCAACAACUUUCACGGACUUCUCGUCGUUGACCCCGGAGCUUUUACUCCGAUUUUUAGAAAAGAUCUCCGCAACAAAGUGUCACGUUCCUUUCCCCAAAAUGCAGCGGACGCCCUUCCAGCGUCUCGAGACGUCCAACGCUCUGCUUCAAUUUUCAAAAGAGCUUGGCCUUUUUUUGACGUGUUCUGCAGAAGAUAUUAAUAAGAAGGACGAGAAAACCCUUCUCACCUUUUUCACGACCGCCGCUCAGAAGUUUUUGGGGCUGCGAAGAAACGCGAUGAGCGACGUCAUCGAAUGGGUUGAAAGCGUAACUGGAUGGCGAUGCCAGAACUUUUUGAAUGAAUGGAGUGAUGGAAUGGUUGUGAUGUUGAUAGCGGGAGAGAACAAUCCGUUGUUCACCCUUGAAACGAUCGGCGUCGUGAAGGUCUUCACGAAGGUCGAGAACGUCGGCGUCGAUGAAUUGACCACUAUGAUGCUUGCAAAGAGGAUGUUUGAAAUGAAAAACGAGAUCACUGCUUUCCGCCAAGCUUCUCAGAUUGACUUUGACGCACUGAGAUUGAAAUUUGACAAAGAAAGAGAUCUUUUGAUGAAAGACGAGAUUUUGGGAAUACGAAAACCACGGAAAAGCUUGUGUAUAGUCCAAUCACCAUUGAGAAAAUCAAAACGAGGAAGUGGACUGAGAGAAGAAAAAUUGAAUUCGGAAAAACGUGAAAGUCUCAAAAAUACGUUAAAAAUUGAAAACACAAUUAAAAACGAAAAUGAAGAAAAUGAAUUUGAUUUGAAUUUCGACGCUCAAACAGUUUCUAUUGAAGUCUCGAUAAAAAAUGGAAGGAGAUUUGAAGAAAUAAAAAAUAUUAACAAAAACGAAAUUAAUCAAAAAACAAUCAAAAAAGACGAAGUAAAAAUUGAGAACGAAAAGAUUGAACAAGACAGAAUGACAGAAAAGAAGAGCUCCGAUGAUGAUGAAUUUCCAAUCACUGUUUACCAGGCACAUAAAGACGGGGUUCAAGAAAAGAACAAAGAACCGGUUACUCAGAAAAAGGAAACCAACCAAGUUGAAACAGAACCAAAAAUUGAGAAUAAACAAGAAAUAACAAAUGAAGUUGCAAUGAAAUUGCCACAACCAUUAACUAUCGAGAAACACGACUUAUUAAUUCCACAAAAAGAAAUUCAAGAAGAAAAUAACAAAGGUGUCGAUUCAAAGAAGAUAAAUGAAGUAAACCAUUGUGUGCCUCCAGAAUUGUUUUUAAAACAAACACAAAACAGUGCUGCUGAAGAAACGGAGAACGAAGAAAAGAAACCUGAAAACACAACCCCGCCACUAUGUAUCAAACCCAGUGGUUCGCCUCUUCUUGAGGAACAAAAGGUCGAAGAGUUAGUUGAAACAAAAUCACAAGAAGAAGUUACUGAAGUCGAGAAUAAAGUCGACGAUCUUUUGCCAAAAAAUCACAACAAAAGCAUUUUGAACCAAAACGAAAAGGUUGAAAUAAAAAUUCAAGAAACUGUAGUGUCUCCGCAACUUAAAGUUGUGGAAUUGGAGCAAUCCAAACCGGAGAUUAAACCUCCAGAAAGUCCCAAUAGUGAAGAAGAGUUCCAAAUUGAGAAAAUUAAAGAACAGUUAAGCAAAAUGGAAAAACUGAUUUUUGAAAAGAAUGAAUUGAGUAUUUUGAUAAUCGAAACCGCCCAACAACUCGACCAAUGCAAAAAGCACAGAGUUGAAUUGGAGAUGGAGCGUCUCGGCAUAGAAAAGGUGAAGACUGAAAAGCGGCGUAUGACAGAGGAAAAUAUCAGAAACCAAACGAAGGGAGACCAACAAGAUUUGGAUUCUCAAAAUGACAACACCAAGACAUUAGAAAAUUCAAACCAGACCACACCAAUCCAAACUCAAAUCGAUGCUGAGAAACAAUACCAAGAAAAAAUAAACCAGUUUAUGGUUGCAAAACAAAAGGCAGAACCUAUUAGUGAGGGAGGAAUUUUGGUGGUCGGAAAAAGUUGUUCAAAGCAAGAAAACCAACGUCUUGAGUUGAUACAAAUUCGCUUAGCAAAGGAAAUGUACGAUAGAAAGCAACGAGAAAAAAACGAGAGUAACAAGACACCAAAAAUUGAAAGUGAUGAGGACAACAUUCAAUGUGUAUUAGGGUCUAAUGUAAUCAACCAAAAAGAGGAAAAGACACCAGUGGAAGAUCAAAAUAACAUCCAGAACAAUUUUGUCGAGGUCGAAGCGUCAAAAGAUAACAAAAUUCAAAGCAUUGAUUUAUCUACCAACUCUCAAAGUUCUCAUGAUGAAAAAGAAGAUAAAACAGACGACAACCAAAUUAAAACGCCAGAACUCGAAGUCUCAAAUGGUUUAAAACCUUUACAGAAGGUCGCCAAAAAUGACGAAAGACAAGAAGAAAGUGUUGCACCAACAAAAGACACGAAUGAAAAACACGGCCGAUUGAAUUUAUCAAGCGAAAGUAUCUCGACAGACAUGUCGUCGUCUCCUGUUAUCUCCACGCCGCGCUAUGGAAAGGACUUUUUGUUCCAGCCCAAGGAGGGUACAACUUCUACAAUUGGAACUCCGGCCAAAAAUCUUCAAUUGUCAGAAAAAAUCGAAUCACCAAAGGAAGACGAUGAAACGGAAGAGCAAAAGCGAAUUCGUGCCCGAGAGAAAAUGGAGAAAGAGCGACUUGCGAAGUUGGCGCAAGCCAAAAAGAAGAAGCACGACACAAUAGACCAAGAGAAAACGAAAAACGUUCCGUUUGUGUUGGAUGGAGAGAACAUUGUUCGGAGUUCUUCGGAUGUGAUUUUGGACUAUUUCAAAGAGACCUUAUGUGAAUGGGUUGGCAAGAGAAAUUUUAACGUUAUAUUGGACGAGAAGUUUGCAAAUUUGACAACUAAUCGUAUAAAUGAGACGAUCUGUUUGAAAGGGAAUUUGAUGAUAAUAGCUAUAACAACAAGUGGGUUUGUGUUUGGUUCGUAUAACAGCAUGACUUUUCCGAUAGCACCGAAGAAGAGAUACUCGUAUUUGAACAACGACCAGAACUUUUUCAUAUUCUCGUUGUUCAACAGAAACCACGACGAGCCACAACGAUUCAAGAGGAAAAAGAACGGGAAAACCGUUUGUGUGUGGAGCGAGGGCGACAAGAAGACGAUGUUCUCCGUGAAGCGGUUUUAUCGGAUCCACAAAACGGGGCGGUCUGAAAUUUUGAAGAAGUUUGUUCUGGAAUACCAAAACGUCCCAGAAACAAAACACCUCUAUUUCACUGGAGAAGGUACUUUUGACUUAUCGCGGUUGGUUGUCUUGAGAUGGGAGUGA